CAUAGUUUGUUUCUUUAAAAAAAUGAAAUAAAGAACAUGAUUUCUAGAGCAAACUAUCUUUUAAACUUUCCCCAUUUCAGCUUCUUUUUUUUUAAUAAUAUCUAAUUGAAAUUCUAGCUGACCAGUCAUAAUCAAUUUUUUUUUCUCAAACAAGAAUAGACAGACAGAAGCUGCAAAGUAAAAAGAAUUCAUGUUCUGCCAUGUUCUCCCCCCUUCUCACACCCCAUUCAGAACAAAGGAAUUGAAAAACAGGUGCAGUUGCAAUACUUUACCCUGAGUCAUUAUUCUGUUUCCUUGGCUAUCACUGUGCAUUAAAGAAAUAGCAGAAAUGACAUGAUUUUUUAAAAAAUAUAAAAUAUAGGAGAAAAAGAGGGGUGCUGAAAUAAUAAUAAAAGUAGGAAAAAUAGGAAGUCUGCAGUCCUUGAGUAACUUAGUAGAAAAAUGGCAGGAAGGAAAAAGAAUGACAUUUGGAUUUAUUUUGAUGAAGAGCCUACAUUUUCAGGAAAAGGAGUAAAAGCUAAAUGCAAGAAUUGUGGAAAAGUUAUAAUGGGUUUAGUAGCAAGGUUAAAAAAGCAUGUGGAAAUAUGUUUGCCCUGUAAUAAGGAAGAGAUGGAUAAAAAUGAACAACUUGAAAUUCCACCCAUCUCAGAAAAAGCUAUUAGCAAAGAUACAGAGGUGCUAGAGACAACAAAAACUAAGAAGAGGAAAGCAACUGAGAUGGAAAAUAUUAAUAACGUUCAGACCAGCAUGACUGCUUAUGUGAUAAAAACCACUAAAACACAAAAACAAAGCCUGGAUGAAGAAGUAGCUAAGUAUAUUUAUGCAACCAACUCUGCUUUUCAUCAUGUUCAACACCCUCAGUUUAAAAAAAAUGAUUUCUGCUUUGAGACCAGGUUAUACUGCUCCUAAUGAAGUAGAAAUAGGUGGUGCAUUACUAGAUUCUAUAUAUAACCAAGAGAAAGCCAAAUGUUAUGAAUAUCUAAAUGAACAAAUUGUGAACUUAAGCAUAGAUGGAUGGUCAAAUGUCCACAAUGAACCAAUACUCUGUGCUGUUGUAACCACUGAAAAAGGUGAAAAUUAUUUAGUGGAUUCUAUUGAUACAUCCGGCAGUUCGCACACAUCAGAGUACUUAGCAGAAGUUACUAAAAGUACUAUAAUAAAAUGUGAAAAUGAAUUUAAAUGUGUCGUUCGGAGCAGUGUCACUGAUAAUGCUUCCAAUGUGAAGGGUAUGCGGACCAACAUUCAAAGUGAUCCUAAUUUAAACCUAAUCACAUAUGGCUGCUCCGCCCAUUUGCUAAAUCUUUUUGCAGAAGAUAUAAAUAUUCCAAAUAUAAAAGGACAAAUAUUACAUAUAGUGAAAUAUUUUCGGAAUAAUCAUUUGGCAAAUGCUAAAUAUAGAGAAGCUGGGGGAUUGAAAUUAGUGAUACCACUAGAAGUUCGUUGGAAUACAAUGGCUGACUGUAUUUCUGCUUAUUUGAGGAACUGGUCAAUCAUUGUUAAAGUUUGCGAUGAAAAUCGCAAAGAUAUUGAUGAUAAUGUUUAUAAAAAAGUCACUAACUUUGGAAUCAAGCGAAGUGCUGAAGAACUUUUAAGGCGUUUAAAACCCAUUUCUACAGCUUUGGAUAAAAUGCAACAGAAAGAUUGCACCAUUUCGAAAGCUGUUGAUAUUUGGAAAAAAUUGGAAAAAGAUCUAAAAGAUGAGAAUCUUGAUAAAGCGUGUUUAGCAAAAUUUUCAAAUCGCUAUAGUCAGGCGUUAGGUCCACCACAUUUUCUAGCAAAUUUGUUAGACCCCCGUUACGCUGGAAUUAACUUGACCCCUGUUGAAAAAACAGAAAGUUUAAUUUUCAUAAAUGAAGAAUACCCACAAUCAAUAAUGCCUGUUAUUUUUAAAUAUCAAGCUAAGUCAGAGCCCUUUCACGAGUUCCUUUUUAACCCUAAUAUUGUCAAUCAAGUAAGUCCUAUAGAUUGGUGGAAAUCUCAAAUUGCCGGGAAUGUGGAGGUAAAAAAUGCUGUGUUAGAUAUGAUUUCACAGUUAUUUACAGCACAAGCUUCUUCUGCAUCUGUUGAAAGAGUUUUUUCGACAUUUGGUUUAGUACAAUCUAAACUGCGCAAUCGCUUAGGAAAUGAGAAAGCUGGAAAACUUGUGUUUCUUUUUAAACAGUUUAGCAAUAAAUAACAAACUAUUGUAUUAAUGCUAUCCUUCAUAUUGUGUUUAUUAAUUUCAAAUCACAGAAUGAAAAUGUCUAUGUCAUUAAAUUAAAUAA